AGUUUGCGGUGCCAAUAGGCAUCCGUCCAACCAUCGCGAAGGACAGAGACAUUGAAGUCACUCGAUGUCGGAACACUGGCGAGCUGACUUCCACGCUACGUAUGCUGUUCCAGUUUACGCAACCGCAUCGGGUCGGAUACACCUGCAGAAACUCCGUCGUUCAUUCGUUUCCUUGAUUUCGACCAAGCAUAUUGACAUCUCUUUCGGCUUGGACUGAUGGGUGCGGUUGAUCGAUACAUACGACUGUUCGGGUCGAGUCCUGCAGUUUUUAUAUACCAAGGCGAGCACGGGUAUUAUGUUUGCGCUACUAUUCGCCGCCGCGUUGGCGUGAUAUAUUACUCCCCCGCAAUAUCGCAAUUUCGGCAGUGAUGCGAAUCCGAUCCCAGAUCUAGGAACGAAAAAACCAGCCCCACAGGUCCUGAUGGCCAGCUUCUUCUCCUCCCCUGCUUCACUGGGUGCCCUGGACGGAUCUGCCGGUGCUCUAGAAAAGGCGUCAUCGCGAUCCUUUGCUUUCGUUUCUGUACGAAGCUCGUGUUUGUUGUGUCCGAGACACUUUCAGCUGGAGUGGACAGAUUCGAAUUCUAUGGAUGGUUCUGUGGGCCGUCGCGAUUGGCCGUACUCUACAGGCACGGCAGCUUGUUGGUCAAUCGCGCACGGAUUUCUAACUCGUUCUGCAUCCGGGUCCGUGCAGAUCAGCUGGAAGCAUCGACUCGAUGGGGGGUGCUGGCUACAUAGAGGCGACGAGCGGGAGGCUGUCCAAACGUCAACGUUUCGUGAUCGACACCUAAAUCCCCCAGUGUGGACUUUAGACCGGCCGUUGGCGUCGAAACGAGAUAUGUAUGCCCGAGAACUGUUCUCCUCGGUUCCAUUUUUCGGCACAAAGCCGACUUUCCAUUGUUCUGGGUGCAUGUGGUGGUGUCUAAUGGACAUCAAACUCCCAAGUUAUACUCCCCGGAGUGGACCUCGACCAUCACUGACCGAGGGAGGUUCCACAGCUUUCCUGACAAUGACAGCGGCUACGCCAAUCAAUCAUACAUACUCAUUCUGAUUUCCUGCCUGUGCUGGCCAGCUAAAGGCAAUCAAAUCGACGGA